AUGGCUCGGAAGAAGAAAGGUCUAUCGAAGCCGACGAAGAAUUCCGAUGAGGUGGUGGACGACCUCCCUUCGAUCCAAGUUGAGGUACCUGAUAUGUUACCUGAUGAGGAUUUUCAAGAUCCGUGUGAAGAACUGGAGAUGGAUUGUGGUGUUGAGGUGCAGCGGGUUGGAAGUGCGAAUCGUUCUCCUCCUUCUCCAAUGAAUUGGGCUGAGGAUGCGGAGGGUUCUGAGUUCCAGCGAUCUGCUAAGGAAGUGUGGAGUAAAUUUCAGUCGAACCAGGUACCCACGCCCUCUACUCGUCUGAAUUAUACUGAACCUAUGAAAUUGGGUGACCAAGUUGUUGCCCGAUUAGAUAUGGAAGAGGUUGAGAAUGAAGCUUCAUUUUGGAAGAAUGCGAUUGUUUGCAUUGUCCUAGGAGCUAACCCUCCUUUUCGAGUAUUUGAAGGAUUUGUCAAGAGAAUUUGGGGCAAUUUGGGUGUUGAGAAGAUAGUGAGAAUGCAUUCCGGAUUCACCCUUGUUAAUUUCAGGGAUGAAGCAACAUGGGACCUGAUUUUGGAAGCAGGAGUUAUACACUUUGAUAAAAAGCCAGUGGUUCUUCGUCCUUGGACACCAGAUAUGGACUCUAUGAGAAUGGUCAAGUCGGUUCCGGUUUGGAUUCGGCUGAAUGGCUUGGGGUUGCAAUACUGGGGAAAAAAUAGUCUCAGUGCUAUGGUGAGCACAAUUGGGAGACCUGUAAUGGUGGAUAAAGUGACGCAAAGUAGAUCGAUGGUGAAAUAUGCGAGGAUAUUGGUGGAUAUGGAGAUUACGGAUCAUCCUCCGAAAUCCAUUUCUUUUAUUAAUGAAAGGGAACAAAUCACAGAGCAAAUGGUGGAAUAUGAAUGGCUCCCUUCUAAGUGUGCUGCCUGCUCGAAUUUAGGUCAUAUUCUGGCAAAUUGUAACAAGAAUACUGGUUUUAGUUGGAGGAAGAAAUCUACUGAUGAGAAUGGUACCAGUACAGACAAGAUCAUAUCCCAAACAGAGGAGGUUCAACAACAUUCGGAGCCUGCUAUUCUUGUUCCCAGAGCUUGCACUACUUCUAUUAUUGGAAAGGAUGAGAGGGCUAGUAGUUCUAUAGAGAAAAAUGCUGCCAAGAUUCUUAGUGAUGCUCAGGAUUUUUCUAAAGCUACUCAGCAAACUGGAAAAGGGAAUGCUGAGGUUGCAGGAAGCUGGAUUACUCCCAGAAGGAGAGGUGCUCGGCAAGGGGUGUUAAAUGCUCACAAGUCAGAUGUUGUUCAAGGGAAGACUAACUCGGGCAAUGGUUAUGCGGUGUUGCAAGAUACAGGGGUUGGUCAUUUGGUCACUAAUUCUAUCUCAAUUCAGUGA